UGAACCAAAGGGCAUAGUAUUAAUAAUCCCAAUGGUACGAUUUGGGGACCAACAUGAAGCGUAUACCCAGAUAACGGUCUUUUGAUGUGCAUACACCGCACUUGUGUUGUCCGGUAUAAUAAACUGCGGACUCUGAGGUAGAGUUUUGAUAUCGCCACUGGAUACACAAACACAAACAAAAAACAAACUCUCCCACCGUUGAAUUGCUCAGGCUUUUACGCUCAAGGGUGCAUCAAGUGUGUUUAGAUAACAUAAUAAUUAUGCAUUCUGCGUGUGGGGGAGCUCAGGGCUGAUUUCCCAAGGCUGAUACUGUUCUGUAAACGCUAGCUGAGAAUGCCACAGAAGUAUGGCAGUAAAAGUCGUUGCGGUGAGGUCCUGGCAACCAUCAGCCGUGGAAGUUAUGAAACGCCAUAGCAAUGAGCUCUGCCCGGGGAAAAAUUAGGGCGGGAGGGUGCUGGGGGCUACUCACUGUGUCGAUGAGGCUGAGACCGGCGCUCUCUCGAUGUUGGCCUCCCUACGGAGCUGGUCGUUGAGGUUCUGCGCCCGCUCCGCUUCUGACAUUGUAUCUCCACUUUCAAAGUUUGUUUGUCGACGUGACGGUAUUCAGCCCUUUCCAGUUGUGUUUUUCCUGCUGCAGCCUUGUCUCUUCCUCUGCGCUGCUGCGAUCGCUAGAUAUCUAGCUAGAUACACACCCAGUGCACGUGACCCCGCGUGAUCAGCCAAUUACGCGCCCCGGCGACGUUUUCUCUGGAGCGUUUUGCCGACGUUUGCUGGCUAUGGAUCCAACGCAGGUUGUCCUCAGUUACACGGGUCAAGGCCCCUACGCCGGUGGUGAGCAAGUGGAAGUCAAACAAGAAGAGAACGGGGGCGCCGAACAGCAGGGCCGUGAAGAAUACCAGAAGUCCCGGGACAGGGGAGAGCGGAGCCACAGGGAGCAUUCCCCAGACAGAAAGAGAAAGAGGUCUCGCAGUCGAGACAGAGGUCGCGAUCGGAGGAGACGCUCCCGUUCCAAGGACAGAGAGCCACGGGGCAGUCGUGAUAGAGACCGCGACCGCGAUAGAGCUCGCAACAAGGACAGAGAUAGAGGCAGGGGGAGGGAGAGAGAUAGGGGAGCCCGAAGACGGAGCCACCGUUCUCGGUCAUAUGACAAGGAGAAGGGCAAAACCCAAGAACGCCCCAACUCGAUCCCGAGAAGAUGGCCGUCGCAGUGCUGGGACGUGGCUCCACGAGGAUUUGAACACAUCUCCCCUCUCCAGUACAAAGCCAUGCAAGCUGCCGGUCAGGUGCCAACAGUCGGAGCCCCUCCGCCUGCUCUGGGAGAAGCCACGCAGGCUCUCCCUGUACCCCCUCCUCCCCAACCUGCCGCCAGUCAGAUGACCAGACAGGCCAGGAGAUUGUACAUUGGCAAUAUUCCGUUUGGAAUCACUGAGGACCUGAUGAUCAAUUUCUUCAACGACAAGAUGCAGGAGUCCAGACUAUGCUCAGCUCCGGGUUACCCUGUUCUCGCCGUGCAGAUCAACAUGGACAAGAACUUUGCCUUCGUCGAGUUUCGUUCAGUCGAGGAAACCACUAAUGCCAUGGCAUUUGACGGGAUCAUGCUCCAGGGCCAAGCUCUGAAAAUUCGUCGUCCAAAAGACUACGCUCCAAUCCCCGGCCUCACUGGCAAGUUUUUAGCCUAUUUCUAUUCAGGAGUCAAGCACAUCCCAGGGGUGGUGUCCACGGUAGUUCCCGAUGGUCCUCACAAGGUGUUCUGUGGAGGCCUCCCUACUUACCUCUCUGAUGACCAGGUCAAAGAGUUGCUGUGCUCCUUUGGAGACCUCAAGUCGUUCAAUCUGGUCAAGGACAGCGGCACCACCUUCUCGAAGGGUUACUGCUUCUUUGAGUACGUCAUUGAGGGAAUUACUGACGCGGCAAUCCAGGGUCUGAACGGAAUGCAGCUGGGAGACAAGAAGCUGAUAGUCCAGAGGGCCAGCGUGGGUGCAUCGAAAGUCAUCACGGGAGAAGGAGCUGACAUGUCUAUGUUCAUGCCGUCCAUCCCCAAUGUCCCCUUGCCUAUCAACAUCCCUGGAUUACAGGUGGCAGGUACGGCGCAGGAAGCCACAGAGGUCCUCUGUCUCAUGAACAUGGUCUCCAAGGAGGAGCUGGAGGAUGAUGAAGAAUACGAAGGUAUCAUGGAGGACGUGAGGGAAGAAUGCAGUCGCUAUGGUGAAGUCGUUUCCGUGGAGAUACCCCGCCCAGUCGGAGGUGUCGAUAUACCUGGAGUUGGGAAGAUAUUUGUUGAGUUUGGCUCAGCAGACCAGUGCAGCAAGGCCCACUCUGCCCUCGCUGGACGGAAGUUUGCAAAUCGCGUGGUGGUCACUUGGUGUGCGAUGUUGUGCUUAGCGUGCCUUGUGUAAUGUUAUGCUGAAGUGCAUUCUCACUGUGCCUGCAUUUGACAGGUAUCAUGGAGGACGUGAGGGAAGAAUGCAGUCGCUAUGGUGAAGUCGUUUCCGUGGAGAUACCCCGCCCAGUCGGAGGUGUCGAUAUACCUGGAGUUGGGAAGAUAUUUGUUGAGUUUGGCUCAGCAGACCAGUGCAGCAAGGCCCACUCUGCCCUCGCUGGACGGAAGUUUGCAAAUCGCGUGGUGGUCACCUCGUUUUUCGACCUUGUCAAGUACCACAACAAGGAGUUCGUCUCCUAGACAACCAGGGUGUGCUCUAACUGGAGCUGCCUGACCACUGCUCAUUUCGGCUAUAUAUAGAACUGAUACUGUGCAUUGUGUAUGAUACAUUUUUGAACUUAAUCAUAAUAAUAUGGCGCACAAUCCUUGCAUGUUCCAUGAAAGUAGCGACAUCAAAAUUUGGCCAAGUCAACCCAUUAUACAUAU